UGAUGGUGGUCGUCGUGGCGGCGGUGGUGGCAGCGGCGGCAGCGGCGGCAGGGCGAGGCGUGGGGACGCCAGACGCCAGGCGUCAAAGCAGCAGCGUGCACUGCGACCACAGAUGAUCUGCUCUCUGCCCAGGUAUGACUUGCAGAACACACCGUCGCGGGCACAUGGUGUUUCGGAAGAACUGGAAACACGCCUGCGCGUCGCUGGCUGCGAAAUCAUCCAGAGCGCAGGCAUCCUCCUCAAUUGCAACCAGGUGGUGAUGGCGUGUGCGCAAAUCCUGUACCAGCGGUUCUACUAUCGACAGUCAUUUGCCACGCAACGCUUUGAGGUGACAGCCAUGGGCUGCUUGUUUUUGGCAAGCAAGGUGGAGGAAGAACAGCAACGCUUGCGUAUCCUCAUGAACGUGUGUCGACAUGUUCUCUUCACCAUGUCAAAGAAUUACGAACCAGGGCAGCUGGUGGAGCCCUUGGAGCUUGGCGGAGACGCGUACCACAACCUCAAGCACCGCGUUAUCAAGGCAGAGCGCCUUGUGCUCAAAGAGCUCGGGUUCUGCGUUCACCUGGACCACCCACACAAGUUGAUUAUCAGUAUGCAGAGCGUGUUAUCGCUGGAGGACAACGAGGCGCUUGCACAACGCGCAUGGAACUACAUGAACGACGGCCUGCGCACGACCGUGUUUGUGCGGUACACCACGGCCACCAUCGCCUGCGCGUGCCUGGAUCUCGCCUGCACGGACGUAGGCAUUUCUCUGCCAGACCAGUGGUACGAGCUUUUUGACGCCAGCGAAUCCCACGUCGCACAUGCCCGAAACACGAUUCGCGCGCUGUAUCAAAUGGGCCCGGUGGUGCUGGAUGAUAUUGUUUCUUCCAUCUCCAACGUCGCUGAUGCAUGUGGCUCAUCUGCGUAUCGCCGCAUGCCGGCUUUGCAGCUGCGAGCCGUCGGCGACACGUCGUCCGUCUCUACCGGUGCAAGCGUUUCUCGCCGUGGGUCGCCAGCCACGGGCACGCCCUCUGCAACGCACACCACCCCAGACCUGACACCAGCAACAUCAGACACAGCCACGGCUGCAGCCACAGCGACAAGAGCGGGCGCGUCUGAGUCUGCCAGCGCACCUGUGUCUAGUGCACGCCCUGCGUUGAUCACCCAGCCGCCGAUGGCGCCGCCCCAGCCUGGUCUCAUGGGGUUUGCACCAGCGCCAUCGAUGGGUGCGCCUGCCGCACCUGCCGCGCCUGCCGCACCUGCCGCUUUUGGCGGCCCCAUCAACACUGCUCCGCCCAGCAGGCUACGCGUCGCACGCGGCCCGCCCCCUUCCUCCUCCUCACAACAACAGCAGCAACAGCACGCGGCGCACUCACGACCAUCCUCAUUAGAUCGGGAGCGCGACAGGUUACGAGACGCGGAAAGAAGACGUGGAGGAGAAGAGGACCGCUACCGUGAUGACUACAGAAGCAGAAGCAGACACGACCGCCGUCGUGGAGCAGGCCGUCGCUGAAACAGCUCACAUUGAUGCCGACAAGGAGUGGAGGAGUUGGAGGAUGAGGGUGGCAGCAGCAUCAGCCAUCAUGUCAUGUGCUUCUCCUUUCUGCUCUGCCUCACUGCUGGUUUGUGUGCAUCUUCUGUUAAUUUUCCACGUGUGUAAAUGAAUACAGGAUACGCCAGAUAGCUUUUACACCCGUGUACAUUGACACCUAUGUAUAUUUUCC